AUGCUGGGGGUCAGCGCACGCGAGGACAGACUCGCACACUCGCUCAGGGGCAGCUUCGGCCUGCCGGCAGGUCCCCAGGAAGAGCAGGACCAAGACGGGAUCUUCAUCGUCAGUCACUGCUCUGCUGGGACCGAAGUUCUCCAGCACGUUGUCCGCCUCACUGUCUCCUCGGGCAGCUGUGCAGAGGCCCGAGCUGCCCUGGGCACCAAGGACACAUCCCCUGCCAGCAGGGAGCCACGCGGAGGAGCGGGUGCCGUGCCCGCCAGAGGCAGGAGAGGCCCCGACUGCAGGGUCAGGGGAGGCAGGCGGGCGCUGACCGAGAGGGACCAGCCCCCCCCCCCACCACGCUUAACCACGGGGCCAGAGGACCUCACCAAACAUGAUUCAGAGCCAACCAGUGUCCACGGCUGCGGACCCACGAUCCGCUCGCUCCGAGCUGUAGAGGACGGGGAGGUGUCAUCGCCGAGGGACAAUGUUCAGACAGAGAAGACGCAAGUCACUGCAGUCAGUCCUGCCCCAGCGGCCGCAGCCCCGGCUCCCUCUCGAUCCCGGGUGGGCUCUGCCCCCCGACGUGGCCGUGGCGCUGAGACGCUGGCACAACGCUGUCCAGCAGACACACUCUGGGCGAGGCUGGGGCCCCCCCAAAAGUGGGCUGUGAGCGGGACCGAGACAUACCUGAGCCCCCCAUUCCUGGAGAGUCUCACGCAGGACAGCUCGUGCCGGGACGCGGCUCCCAGCGAGCGAGACCUCCUGUCACAGCUGCCCUAUUCUGAAGCAGAGUGUCCCCUCUCGGCUUCCCGCCACAACACGACACUAGGCCAGAGGCGGCUGAGAGCCUGGGAGACGGUCACCGGUGUGGGAACGCUGCUCAAAGCCGCGUGGGCAGCCUCUGCAGAGACAGAGUUCUCAGCCAGCUGCAGGCGAACCCCCAGCCCUGCUCCCGUCACCCAGCACCGGGCCGUUCUGGCCGGAGUCCGCAUCUCCUCGACAGGACGUGGCUACGGCAGGGGCCGGGCGGGGGCGGGUCUGCGUGGAGCACUCAGGCCGGGCUUCUCGCUGUGGAGCGCAGCCCUGGGAGGCCAGAGCACCGACUGCAUGGAGAGCAGUUCCCACCCUGCACACGUGACCGGUCGGUUCUGUGGCACCACAGUGAGGAGGCUGAACCGGUCAGCGUGUGCGCUGGCAGUGUGGUCCAUGACCAGCACCAGGGUGGAGGGGGAAUUCCACAAGGGUGCCCAGAAGGCAGAGCCCACGCCUCCACGCAGGAUCCGGGGAAAGGAAGCCGGAGCCAAGCUCAGCCGCGACUCCUCCUCCGUCUGCACUGUUGUCAUGAGCAGAGGACACGGGUCCUUCAAUGGGGAGGAGGCGGAAGAAGGAGAACCAGAGAGAGGGCAGUGUGAGGACUCGACCCACCACUGCGGGGAGGGCUGGCGAGCCACCCAGCGCAGCAGCUUCUCUGAGCUAAAAAUCAAGGAGCCGGUCUCUCCUGCGGUGCCUCCAGAAGGAAGCCUGCUGAAGCCAGCGUCAGUGCGUCCGCCGUGGACUCCGACCCCAGAGCAUGUGUCCAGGGAGCUGCGGCUGGGGACACACGACUGCCCCGGGCUCCUCCUCUCCAAGUCUGGAAUGGGGAGUGUCUGCCCAAGGUUGUCCCGGUUUGGAGACUGA